AUGUCAGCAAAAGCAGUCAGCGAAAUGUGCGGCAAGGAAAGGUUGUACGAUUUCUUUAAAGAAACCGGACUCGUCAACGCGCAGUUUCAUGUCAACGCUGGUGAUGACUUCAAUCAAGUUGCUAAGUGUUAUGAGUGGUUUACCAAACAAGGAAGGGAAGGGGUGAGUUUUGGCAGCUGGCUUCUAUAGACUUUAUCGCCUAAUGAUAUCUUUAUGUAUUUUCAGAGAAAAUUCAUUAAACCAAUUCAAUUGAACAAACGCCGUGGAAAAAUGAGUUUGAUCGAAAUUGGUUCACCGAAAGAAUUGAGUGAUUGGUUCAAAAAACGUGCCAACAGCCAUGUUCAAGUCGGAAAAUCACUCGGACGCCUUCACACAUUCAUUGUCGAACCAUUCUGUGCUCGCCAAGAACUUGAUGAGAUGUAUAUUGCGAUUACAAGAAACAAAGAAGAGGAUACACUUAUGUUCUACGAGCAUGGUGGAGGUGAUAUCGGAGAUGUCGAGAGCAAAGUCAGAUUCCUCAAAAUCCCGAUUCGAUUUGACGUUUAUGAGAUGCGGCCAACUGAUGAACAAUUGGACACACUUAUUGGAGUCGGUCUCCCAAAUUUUGAAGUUGUCAAGACAUUUGUCGAUGAAUUGUACAGAGGAUAUAAAACACUCCAUCUCACAUAUUUGGAAAUCAAUCCAUUUGGUAAGAAUUUUUGGUUGGAAUUUUCAUAGCUUUCCUAAUAAAUAAUCAAAAAAUGAAAUUUCAGUGUUCGUCAACAAUCAAAUCCACAUUUUUAAUCUCGAUGUGAAAGUAAAUAAAUCCGCAUUUUUUAUCUGCGAUGAUGAUUUGGGAUUCGGCCAAACGCCACGUGUUUACACUGGAGGAGAUGGUAGUGUUGCCUAUCUAACACGAUCUGUUGGAAUGGUCAACGAGUUAAACAAUAUCAUCUCACAAAACUCCGAUGGUGUUUAUGAGGGAAUUGUGAUUGGCGGAAAUAGAUAUACAGGAAGCACCUUAGUUGAACAGAUUGCAAGAUAUCAAGCUGAUGAUCGUGUCAAAAUGAUCGUUUUGCUUGGUAAAGUUGGUGGCACCGAAGAAUAUAAGAUUGUCGAUAUGCUCAACAGAGGAGUGAUCACCAAACCAUUAGUUGCUUGGUGCAUUGAAACUUGUGCAGGUUGUAUCACUAAUAAUGUUAGAGAUUAUGAAACUGCAGCUUGCAAAAACUUUGUUCUUCGCGGUGUUGGAUCAAUUGUUCCCAUAUCAUUUGGCGAACUUGGAAACAAGAUUCGUGACACUUAUGACAAUCUUGGAACAAUUGUGCCACAACCCGAAGUUCCACCAUCAGUUCUAAUGGAUUAUGCGUGGGCAAGAGAAUUGGGGCUGAUUCGUAAACCAGCAUCUUUCAAUACUUCGAUUUUUGAUGAACGCGGAGAGGGAUUGAUUGAUGGUGGAGUUUCAUACGCCGAAGUUACGGAGAGCGAACUAGGAAUCAGCAGUAAUCUUGGACGUUUCUGGUUCCAGGUAAAUCAAUACUUGUGGAAACUUAUGAAUGAUUUGUGUAUUUCAGAAAAGUCUCCCAGCAUAUGGCGACAAAUUCAUCGAGAUUUGCCUUCAGCUCACCGCCGAUCAUGAUCGAGAUGUCUCUGGUGCUCACAAUACAAUUGUUUGUGGUCGAGCUGGUAAAAAUUUGAUCUCCUCGCUCACAUCUGGAUUACUCACCAUUGUACGUUGAAGAACAAGAGAUUUAGACAGACCCCAGCCUGUUCUAUAAUUUCACUUCUCAACUUUCUUAUUUUCAGGGUGAUCGUUUUGGUGGAACUCUCGAUGGAGCUGCUCGCCAAUUCUCCAACGCUAUGGACAAUGGCUGGUCUCCAAUGGAGUUUGUAAACAAUAUGAGAAUCCAAAAGAAGCAUAUUAUGGGAAUUGGUCAUCGCGCCAAAAGUGUGAGUUUGCCUAGAAUCUGCGAAUUAUUCAAAAAUUCUUCGAAUUCAAUGAAUAUUUGAUUUCAGAUCAAAAACCCUGACAGUCGUGUCGAAAUUCUCAAGACAUUUGCCAUCAAUAAAUUGGAAUUCACCCAAGAAACUCCACUUCUCGAAUUUGCAUUGGAAGUUGAGAAAAUUAUGACUGCCAAAAACCCAAAUCUCAUUCUCAACGUUGAUGGCGCAAUUGGUGUCAUUUUCGUCGACAUUCUUCGCCAUAGCAAAGUGUUUACACCAGCCGAAGCUCAACAAAUCAUUGAUAGCGGAACAUUGCAUGUUCUCUUGAUUUUUGGUCGAUACCUUCGUUAUAUGGAACAAUUGUUGGGUUAA